UCUCUUGUAGAGUGGUGGUCAGUGAGCGAGGGACGGACUGGACGUUCGCCUUGUCCCGGGAAAAUGAUGCCUAUGCACUUUGUGGACUCGAGCAGCGUGACGCUGCUGUUUGACUUCUGGGACGUGCACGGGCCUGCAGGCAUGGUCCUGUCCGUCUUCGUGGUGCUCCUGCUCACCGUGAUCUACGAGCUGCUCAAGGUGGGCAAAGUGUGGCUCAGCGAGCGCCAACUCCCCACCCAGCCGAUUGCUGAGAGCCUGGGCAGCAACACCACCCUGGCCAGCAACCCCUCAGAGAUGUCCUUGGCCACCACAGAGCCUCAGCGCACCCUUGUCAACAAGUGGCUGCUGCACUGCCUGCAGACAGCUGUGCACGUUGUCCAGGUGGCCCUGGGCUACAUGCUGAUGCUGUGCGUCAUGUCCUACAACGUGUGGAUUUUCCUGGGUGUCAUCCUGGGCUCCGUCAUCGGCUAUUUUCUGGCUUUCCCUUUGGUCGGGCGGUACUCGUAGAGGGGAUGGCGGCAUAGGAGAAACGGAGGCACUACCAAAGAGUUGAACUCUGAGAGACUAGUGAGCCAUCUGUGGUUAAAGGAACACAUUUAAACCGUGAACCUAAUUUGCUAUUGCCCACUAGACCGGUUCCCCGGGAGUCGACUGGAAUGGGGUUUUUUUUUUUUUUUUUUGUCUAAAGUGUCAUGUGGAAUAGCCUCCGUUUAUAAAACUGUCAAGCUUUUUAGCUGAAGAAACACUGCAAAGUGUUAAUAUGUCGGUUGCCUAACCCAACUCCGCUGCUGGAUGUAGAAUUGGAAAAACAAGAUUUUUGUGUGUAGAAGGUGGCAGAAAAACUAAGAAGGUAUUCCACUGGCUUCCAAUACAUUUAAAAAAAAUAGGGCUAAACGUGCGUAUUUGCGAGAUGCUCUACAGCACUUUUAAUGCAGGUUUUUUUUUUUUUUUUUUAAAUUAUUUUUUAAAACGUUGUCGGGUUACUUUACAAAAUGAGCAAUUGAACACAAGGCUGUGAUGCAAAUAAGCAGCCCCUGUCAGAGAAAUUGGUGGCCCUCUUGUGCAGAAGUAUGACUUGUAGAAACCUGUUGGCGUUUCACUCCUGUUGUGCAACUUUGUGAUUCUCGUUCCACUUUAACAGUAGAAAACGAGCAGGAAAGUGCAUUUUGUUAAUGAACACCAGCAGUAAAGGUGACCAGAAGAUCGCUUAGUCAGCAAAUGGAACCUACAUGCCUUUGUGCAAGCUAAACAUUUCCAUUGCCUCUUCGCUUGCUCAAGCACUUCACUAAUCAGUAAACCAUGCUACGAGGGGUGAAGUGUAAAAAUGACAAACCAUGGAAGGUGGUGUCGACCCAUUUGAGUAUUUCCUGUGCUGGUGAAUGGCGUAGGCAAGUUACUGAGUGUGAGCGAUUACAGUGGUCUGGUGUCUUUUGCAAAUCAUGACUUCACGUGCCUUUGAUACAUGUUGUUCCUCAUAUUUUCUAUUAAAUAAGUUGUAUAAGUUUCAGUAAAGGGUGGUUGAGUGGGGCAAUUACAUGGAACAGUGCAAUGUUAGUAUCAGGCUUUAAAAUACUCACCAUCUAGGUGUGUGGAUGGUUAUGGGUUAAACUUGGCGCACUGCAGCGGAUUGUUUAAAAUAAACUAUUGAGCCAGGCUUACCCAAGAGUGUACACAACACAUGCCUGGAAUUCACUUGAUUUCUAGUCAGUGAGCACUUCCACUUGUGAUCUAGUAGGCCUGCUGACAUUACUACAGUACUUAACAUCCAUUCGUGUUUACAGGUGACAUCUUCCAGCAGUUUAUUUAGAACAUGAUAAUGUUAGUUUCAACAAGUACAGCAGCUAGCUCACUGGACAGAGGGCAGGAUAGUCCCCAGAGCAGCUGGGACUGGGCUCGAAUCCCUGUCCUGCCAUAGUGCCCUUGAUGAAGGUACUAAACCCUGAAUUGUCCACAUGGGUAAAUCACCAAGUAGCUCAGUAUAACGCUGGUACAAUGUUCUGUAGACCACUGACGAAUUAACAUUGUUUUCACUAUGCAUUUUCACAAAUUUAACACACGAUUAAAUCAUUUCUGAAUGUCAAA